AUGGACUCAAACGCCGAACUACAGCCACAAUUGAAGAAGCUCAACUCCUCUUUACUGAGAUUGAAACUUUUGGAUGCUUUGGGCAGUGGCGAUUCUGUUAAGUUAGAUGCGAUCCUUGAAGACGUCAAGAGCUCUGAUUGCUUGCAGGAUCCCGCGAUCGCAGGCGUUUGCUCGUUGUUGCUUCAUUAUGCUGUCCAAGUUGCGCCGAUAUCAAUAGUGGAAUACAUAGUCUCCAAAAGAUUAAUCGGAGACAUCAAUUCUACGGAUGCGGAUGGCAAUACUCCGUUGCACUUGGCUUGCCAGUCUUCAAGACACGAUGUCAUACAAUAUCUGAUGUCUCUGCCCACUAUCAAUGAUUGCAUUCUUAAUAAGCAGAUGAAACAGCCUAUAGAGGUGGUUACCGACAUGUCCACUGUACAGCUGGUGACAGACGCAAGGACCAAGUUCGUCGAGCAGAAAGCCAAUGAACUCAGAACGGCUUUUGAGACAAGAAACUUCAAGAAAUUAGAGAAGCUGCUUUCAAAUCCGAGAGUGAAGGAACUUUUGGAUUUGAAUGGAACAGACCCUGUCACUGGAGACACGGUUUUACUGGAGUUUAUCAAGAAGAACGACCAGGAGAUGGUGAAGUUCAUUUUGCAAAAUGGUGGUGACCCGUUCAAGAGAAACGUGAGCGGAAAGUUACCUGUAGAUUAUGCCACAAACUCGGCUAUGAAGAAGCUUCUCAAGGAGUCAUCAAAAGACCAAAGCAUGAUUGAUCCCGGCAGUGCCGCACCGGCUUCAGGACCCCCUACCUAUAAGGGUUUUUUGAAAAAAUGGACCAACUUCGCCAGCGGCUAUAAAUUGCGCUGGUUUAUACUUGAUACUGAGUGUCGAUUGUCUUACUACAAGUCCCCAUCUGACAUACACAAUUCGUGUCGGGGUAUGAUCAAUUUGACGAACGCCUACAUCAAAUUGGAUUCUUCGGAAACUUCCAAGUUUGAGAUUAUUAUCAGAAAUGGUAAUAAUAGCACUCCUGUGAAGUGGCAUUUGAAGGCCAAUCAUGUUACUGAGACGAAUAGAUGGGUUUGGGCUUUGCAGAAUGCUAUUCGUUACUCUAAAGACCAAAGAGCAAAGCUAUUGGUUCAACAGCAACCACAACCUCCACUCAAGGAGAAGGUUUCCCGAAACAGAGAGAGCUUUGACUCAGCAAGAAACAACAACACCCAAAAUAUCGGCUUUAGCCACAAGACCCAUCAGAGAAAUCCAUCCGCAACGUCAAAUGUUUCUCUUUCUUCCAUGUCUGAUGCUGAAGAGGCGUCGAUAACGAACAGACUUUCUUCAAAUACAACAAAUGGCAUAGCCAACACUGCCUCUGCGAAGAAGUUGCCCAAAUCUCCCAGGAUCAAGUCUAUCAAAAAGGAAAACUUUGGUCUGCCCAACAUCAACGAGAACAGCAGACUACAGAUACCAGAUGUAGGAUCUGCUCAGUCGUCUAUCAGAGAUGAUUCGAGUGGAAUUGUUGGUUACGAUUCUACUGAUGACUUUAAUGAAGACAGAUACAGCGAAGGUGACGAUGAGGAGAAUGAUGAUGACGAUGCGAACGAUUUUGACAUUGAUUCCAACACGGAUUCCAUGGCUGCUAAAGCAAGCACUUUGAACACUGAGCUCAAUGUUAUUCAUAAUCAGCUUCUGAUGGAGAUACAAGCUUUCAAGGAUUAUUUGAAACACAGUGCCGGUGAUGAAUCUGUUGAUGUCUCUUCUCUUACCCAGGUGUGUGGUACGAUUCUGACUUCAGUUGAGACUUUGAAUAGCAGGUACUUUACAACAUUGAAGCACAGAGAUGCAAAAAUCCUGAGAUCGUUCCAAAGACAGAAGGAAGUAUCACGGCUAUGGGAGGAUUCCAUCAAGAUUCUGGAAUUCGAUCUUAUUGAUAGAGAAAGGAAGAUUGUUGAUCUGGAGGAUAAGCUCAAGACUGUAAAAAGGGCAUUGAAAGGUGGCGCCGAGACUGGUGGUAUUCAAAUCUCGGCCCCAGCUAAAGAGGCAGAGGUGCAAAAGAUUCUAGACGAAUCCGAUAGUGACGACGAUGAAUUUUUUGAUGCUCAGGAAGCCGGUCGCAGCGAUGUGCCAACUCCCGAAAAUGAGAUCGACAGGGAGCCUUCCUCUCAAGCCUCCACUGCUUUGCCAGCAUAUAUGGCCACAAGCAGUGCAGUGGCUGGUAUUGGUCCCUCAAAUGUCAGUUCGGAUGAAACGUCCUCCAUAACCACCAAAGUGGAAACCGCUAAAGCCCCCGAAGAUUGGCAGGAGGCGUCCAUCCCGCUCGUUUCCGAGAAGCAGAAAGCCAAAUACGAGCAACUCUUGGAUGAAGGACUGUUCGUUGGCUAUGAAGAUCCAAUCAGGACGAAACUUCCUCUGGAUGACAAGAGACCAAAAAUCUCACUUUGGGGUGUCUUGAAAUCAAUGGUGGGUAAGGACAUGACCAAGAUCACCCUCCCAGUCUCCUUCAACGAGUGUACUUCGCUUCUUCAACGUGUUGCAGAAGAUAUGGAGUACACUGAUUUGAUUGACCAGGCUGCGCACUCAGACGAUUCUGCAUUGCGAAUGGUUUAUGUUGCUGGUUUUGCCGCCUCAGAAUAUGCGUCCACGAUUGGUCGCAUUGCCAAACCCUUUAAUCCAUUACUAGGCGAAACCUAUGAAUACGCAAGACCGGAUAAAAAAUACAGAUUCUUCGUGGAACAGGUUUCGCAUCACCCUCCUAUCUCUGCCGCAUAUGCCGAAAGUCCAUAUUGGGAUUACUAUGGAGAGAGCUUUGUCAAAUCGCGGUUUAUGGGUAGAUCUUUUGACAUCAAUCCUCUGGGUAUGUGGUUUUUGAAUGUCAGACCUGACCAUGGUGUUAUUGAUAAGUUUGGCAAGAAAGUGCCGGAGGAACUGUACACCUGGAAAAAAGUCACCAGUUCGGUGAUUGGUAUCAUUAUCGGUAACCCAUCCGUGGAUAACUUCGGUGAUAUGCAUUUGAAGAACCACGUGACUGGAGACUCUUUGAUUCUGCACUUUAAGCCCCGUGGUUGGAGGGCUUCCUCAGCGUACGAGCUGAAGGGAGAUGUGGUUGACAAGAAUGGUAAACCAUGUUAUUCGAUAGGUGGUCAUUGGAACAGCAAGAUAUUUGCUCGGAAACUGAAUCCUGAUGGGAACCCACCUGGCGAGCCUUUCCUAAUAUGGCAAGCGGCACCAAGACCGGAGAAGAUGGCUUUCAAUUUGACAACUUUUGCCUCGUCUUUGAACGCUUUACAACCUCACCUGAUUCCAUAUCUCCCUCCUACAGACACUCGUUUCAGACCUGACCAAAGGGCCAUGGAGGAAGGUGAUUACGACGUUGCGCCUGGUGAGAAGCAAAGAGUCGAGGACAAGCAGAGAGCUGCUCAGAAGUAUAGGACGGAGAAAGGCAUUCAAUACAAGCCUCAUUUCUUCGUCAAAAAGAGACAUCCUGUCACUGGCGAUGAAUACUGGGAGUUCAAUCACGAGUAUUGGUUUUUGAGGAAAGACAAAAAGUUGAAGGAGCUUGGAGAUAUCUUUUAA